AAUACCGCUAACCGGAUAGCAUAUGUGACAACAAUCUGCCUUUGCCUUGGAUCGUGUUUACAUCUGGCGCUUAUCAGCGUCGAACGCUUUGUGGCAAUGAAAUAUCCCUUUCGAUAUGAAAGCGUCGUGACCAAAUCCCGUUUAACUGUAGCAGUAGCAGGUAGCUGGCUAAUUAUAAUGGUUUAUAGUGUACUGCUCGCUAAAAUUGUCCCGGGCGUGAAAGUAAUUCCAGGUCAAACUCAAAUACUGGCAAUUGUAUGUUUGUUAACCAUUUCCUACUGUCAUGUAUCUGUUUAUUUUGUUUGCCGUCGUCACGAGGUUAAGAUCAAAUCUGAGCAAGUUUCUCAAGAAGCGAAAGCAAAGUUUCUGGCCGAAAGGAAAGCUUGGAAAACAACCAGUUUCAUCAUUGGUUGUGCUCUUAUUUGCUACUCGCCAGGACUUCUGCGCGCCGUGGCAUUUUAUCUAUUUUCUGAUUAUACAAUAAGAAGAAUUAUCUCAAGAUCCAUACAUAUAACGAUGUCCAGCUACGUGGUUAACUCUCUGUGUAAUCCCAUUAUUUAUUGUUGGAAAAGCAGGGAGAUGCGCGAAGCACUGAAGCAGCUUCUAAGAAAUCAACGCAGUUAGCUUCCCAGGCAGGACUCUUAUGGGAAAAUGUCAAUUAAACUAUUAAAAAAUACCUUUCUGGGUGUGGUUCAUGCAUUAUUUGAGCCCUAAAAGAUACCACUUUAGAACAGGCAGACAGCGUUUUUUACAUUAUAUCCCUAAAUGCAGCCCUAAAAGAUACCUUGACGGCUAAAAAUAAUAUAAUGGCUAUUCCUUCGA